AGAAAACAGACCAAGAUGAAGGUGACCAUCAUUUUAGCACUCGCUAUAUCUACAACACUAGCUGCACCAUCAGAGGUCCAAACUCCACUUCAACAAUUGGCAACUGGAAAUCAACAAUUAACGUCAAACGUGUACAAAGAAAUCCUUAAAACUAAGAAUGGAAGUAUUAUCUUCAGCCCUUUUUCUGCUGAAACCGUAUUAGCUUUGACCUCUGAAGGAGCGAAAGGUGACACUAGGAGCGAGCUAGUAUCUGCAUUGCAUCUUCCAGAAUCACAAGAGACUAUUCAACAAGGAUUUAAAGAACUUUUACCACAACUUCAAAUCAAAAAUAAGGAUGCAGUAUUAGCCUCAGCUAAUAAAAUAUAUAUAGCUAAUGGUAUCAAGUUAGAAGAUGAUUUUAAAAAGACCGCUGAAAGUGUUUACGCAUCAGGACUUGAACAAGUAGAUUUCUCAAACAGUGCAAAGGCCGCUAACAUAAUUAAUCAAUGGGUGGAAAACCAAACAAACAAAAAAAUUAAAGAUCUCAUUAAACCUGAGUACCUCAACAGUGACACUGUGAUGACUUUAAUCAAUGCAUUAUAUCUAAGCGCUGAAUGGUCUACUGUUUUCCAAGAUUAUAACACUGUAACAGAUAAAUUCUACAGAACAGCUUCCGAACAAAUAGAUCAAGCAACAAUGGCAAUGACCGAAGUAUUUAGACAUUAUGAAAAUAAAGAACUCGACACUCAAUUUUUGGAAAUUCCAUUCAAAACUAAUGGUCUAGUUUUUAGUGUUGCUUUACCUAACAAAAAAGAUGGUCUUGCUGCUUUAGAAAAUAACAUUGAAAAAGUAUUCGAACCACAGCCAUAUACUACUGUACCUGUACAUUUGAGACUACCAAAGUUUACUGUUGAAACCGACUUGAAUUUGAAAGAUAUUCUUCAAUCGUUGGGCGUUAAAAAGAUCUUCAACUUUGGCGCUGAUCUUACUGGAUUGGCAAAGAACGCCAAAGAUUUACGUGUUUCGGAGGUAAUUCAAAAAGCUUUCAUUAAAGUUGCUGAAGAUGGAGUCGAAGCAGCUGCUUCCACUGCUGUUUUGGUGGAGACUAGGUCGGGACGUUUCUUUAUCCAAACCCCAAUAAAGUUUUUCGCCGAUCAUCCUUUCGUAUACUUUAUUAAAUAUAAUAAUGUUAUAUUGUUUGCUGGAAAAUACAGUCCCUAGGAAGCUCAUGACGAUAAUAAUUAUUGAAUGAAUUUUAUGUAUACAUAGUUCCUAUAAUUAACUUAUAAAUGUCAUAAUUAUGUGUUCUGUAUGUUAUAAAUAUAUAUAUUGACUUAAUAAAUAUAAUAAGCUUAUA